AUGGCAGCGCCCGAGGAGCCCGAAAGCUCGACUGAAGCAAAAGUAGAAAAUGGAGAGAAAUCCGAAGAAAACGUUACUUUCAAGUCAUUGGGUGUCGUGGACGUACUCUGCGAAGCUUGCGAACAGCUCAAGUGGAAGGCCCCCACAAAAAUCCAGCGAGAAGCCUUGCCAGUCGCAUUGCAAGGGCGUGAUGUCAUCGGUCUGGCAGAGACGGGCUCGGGCAAGACGGCAUCUUUUGCAUUGCCUAUCCUUCAAGCACUGCUGGAGACUCCGCAGCGUCUCUUCGCUCUCGUCCUGACACCUACACGGGAGCUGGCAUUCCAGAUCUCCGAGCAGUUCGAAGCUCUUGGUGCCAGCAUCGGCGUCAAGAGUGCUGUGAUUGUGGGGGGCAUUGACAUGAUGACACAAGCACUAACACUGGCCAAGAAACCUCACGUCAUAAUUGCCACCCCUGGUCGUCUGGUGGACCACCUAGAAAACACUAAGGGCUUCAACUUGAAGUCUCUCAAAUACCUGGUGAUGGACGAGGCUGACCGUAUUCUCAACAUGGACUUUGAAGAAGAGGUUGACAAGAUCCUGCGAGUGAUUCCACGGGAGAGGCGCACCUACCUGUACUCGGCAACUAUGACAAAAAAGGUACAAAAACUGCAGCGUGCAUCGUUGCGAGACCCGGUCAAGGUCGAAGUCUCCUCUAAAUACCAGACCGUGGAGAAGCUGAUGCAGUACUACCUGUUCAUACCAGCAAAAUUCAAGGAUGUGUACCUUGUUCACCUCCUGAACGAGCUAGCUGGGAACUCGUUCAUGGUGUUCUGCAGCACCUGCAGCAACACACAGCGCACGGCUCUGCUGCUGCGAAAUUUGGGCUUCACAGCUAUACCGCUCCACGGACAGAUGGGACAGGCAAAGCGUCUGGGUGCCCUCACAAAGUUCAAGUCGAAGAACAGGUCCAUACUGAUUGCCACUGAUGUUGCAAGCAGAGGUCUGGACAUUCCUCACGUCGACUGUGUGGUAAACUUUGACAUCCCAACCCACUCCAAAGACUACAUCCAUCGGGUUGGACGAACAGCUCGGGCAGGCCGUUCCGGGAAGGCCAUAACAUUCGUGACUCAGUACGAUGUGGAACUGUAUCAACGCAUUGAGCAGCUGAUUGGCAAGAAGCUGCCCCUGUAUGAGACGGUCGAGGAGGAAGUGAUGUCUCUCGUCGAGCGAGUCACCGAAGCACAGCGUUUUGCCAAGAUGGAGCUCAAGGAGCAGGAAGACAAAAAAAAGGGCGGAAAGAGGAGAAAAGCUGAUGACGAUGAUGAUGCGGAUGACACUGAACAGGCACUCGGUGUUCAUGAUCGCAUUGGCAAGAAGAACAAGAAGAAUGCCGGUGGCUUCAAGAAAAGGAAAAAGUAGCUUGCAUAAUAAAAAACUACAUCUAAUCUACUG